GGCUACCGUAACCCAAGCUUUUCCAAUCAGAUCGAAAAUAUAGCUCAAUCUCAUCGUAUGCUCACCUCAACUCAUUAAAGUGAUGGCGAUUAUUAAAGGAAACCCAAAGUUAUUGAUAAUCUUGAGCAGUUUAGUUUUCAUACUUGCAGGAAUACACGCUCAGCUGCAAAAUGAGACUUCAUCUUUCGAAAGUGCUCCUCAGAGGCAGUUGGAAGAUGAGGAUGACGAGACUACCACAAUACCUCCAGUGACCGUGUCCCCGGAACAGAUCUACACCAAUCUGAACACAGCUUUAAACGUGACCUCUGGAAUUGUCCAAGACAUUAUUUGCCGAAUCCCAUUUCUGAGGCUAUGCGAGGGUGCUUCAGGUCUCAAACUGCCCACGUACCCGAUUCCUCCCUCCACUAUGCCAACCACACCCAGACCUCAGCCGACUACCCCAGCAAGAGUAGUAGUAGGCUAGUCAUGGUUUCAAAAUUUCACUGAAAUUGUUGUCCGCAUUGAAGACUCCGCAAUAAAAAAUGUCAUGAUUAUGCAUAGCUCA